GAUUAUACAAGUGAUACGGACGUAAUACAAUAUAUCGACAUUGUAACAAACGGGAAAAAGGACGUUGACGACCGAUCGAUGAUAUCAUUAUUUUUCUGAAUAGUUUAAUUUUCAUAUACCCAACGGCCCAAACCUAGAAAAAUAACCCAUUCACACAUCACAUACUACAUAUACUUUCCGCGCGGACUACUCGUGAUCUAGAGGGACAAGAUGGCGGCGUUCGUGGCAAAGCAGAUGGUGGGAAACAAGUUGAGCGCCGUUAAAGGGGCUGUGGGCGGUGACGGCGGUGACGAUGGCGACGAUAAGGAGAAGGAGGAGGAGGCCGAGCGCGAGCGACAAGAAGCGAUCCGCGAGGCCGAGGAACGGCGCAAAGAGAAGCAUCGUAAGAUGGAAGAAGAACGCGAGAAGAUGCGCCAAGAAAUCAGAGACAAGUAUAACAUAAAGAAGCGUGAGGAAGUGGUCGAAGCGAUGCCACAAGAAGAACCUAACCCGUUGAUGCGCAAGAAGAAAACUCCCGAAGAACUAGCGCGGGAGGCGGAACAAGAGGAUGAGGACGAUUUUACCAAACUCAAAAACUCUAUAGAAACCCAAGUGAAUGAAAUAAAAUCCCAGAUAGAAAGCAAAUGCGUCAUGCAGUGAACGUUAACCUCAGCAUUUUUAAUUUCGACGUCGCCAGCCGAACAGCAAUAACAAGACUUAAAUUCUAUUUCAUUUUCUACUUAUUUUAAAGAUUAGAAAACGACAAUGAUGUACCUCAAAGGUAAAUCGCAUAAUUGUUUUUUUUUACUUGGGACGAUCUAGAAACAUCCAGGAAAUGAAGCUGAAACUAGAGACUAAAGUACGAGUGUAUUGAAAAUUCUGUAUUAAUUACAGAUUAUGUAUCAAAAAUGAGGGGCUUGAAUAAAACUCGAAAAUGUUACAAUUUUUUUUAGAAAAAUGUCACAAUUGUUGAAUUUUUUUUAAUAAUUUGGUGCGUAUGCAUUUUUGUUAUCGAAAACGUAAUAUAUGUAUAUUAUCUAAUACCGCAUAUGAAUAGAUGACAUUUUAAUCUUCUAGGUGAUUUAAAAUAAAUUGUAACAUUUGUGAGUUUUUUGUGAUCAGAAAGUUAAAAAAUCUCUGUGUGUACACUCAUUCUGAAUGCUACAGGAUAUGGUGAUAAAUGAUUAAAGUUGUGCUUUACUUUUAUUCAAAAAAAUUUAAGCAAAAUGAACUGAAUUUAUUUGUUUUACUUUUUCAAUGGUUGGCUGCGAUAGAAGUUGCUAAUAUAGUAAUUAUAAAUAAGGUGUUUAUUUUAAUAUUAAAUAUUGUAAAAAUAUUAUAAAUCUUAGAAGAGUGUCGACAGUGAUAUAUUUAGAAUAUAAUAAUAUACCAUUUUAAUAAUCAAAUUAGCCAGGAACAUAGACGACUAUCUAGGAAUCGAUUGCAUUUUCAUAUUGUUAUAGCAUUUAAAAAGAAUUGUAAAAAUAUGAUCUUUGUUAAUUACUACUUAUGUAUCAUUUCAUAAUUUUCAUUCCAAAGACAAAAUGACGUUGUUUAUCUUAAAGCACAUAUUGAGGUUUUGAAUCAUAUUGUUGUCAUCCAAAUUCCUACGUAUUGUUUGUCAAUGUGGCUGUGUAUGUUGUUUCUCUAAAAACUUUCCAAUGGUGUAUCUCUGUAUAUAAAUGUAACUAAUUUAUUGUACUUUUUACAUCGUUGUUAAAAUGUUAUAAUCAUUGCAUAUUUUUAUUCAUUUGUUAAGAAGCCAUCUAAAAUAUAGGACGAUGGAAGACAAUGAAUAAAAACAUGCGAUAUAUUUUGAUCAAUUUUUAAUACAUGUCUUAAUGUCUUCUUUUAUCGCAUUUCCAAAUCAUCAUCUUUAAAUGUAUUCCUGAAAAUAUUGACAUUUCCAUUAAACUC